AUGGAAGACAGUCUUCAGAUUCUCACAAAUGCAUCAGGACGACAAAUGUCUCUAGGUGAUGCCGAUGCUAUCAAGCUUGUAACCGUGCUUGAUGACCCUCCACUUGCACUAGCUACGGCGGGCGCAUACCUAAGUCAGGUGCCAACAAGUUUAUCCGACUAUCUCCGUCACUAUGAAGCAUCAUGGCUGAAGCUGCAGAAAACAGCCCCAGAGCUGACUGAAUAUGAGGAUCGCAUGCUGUACUCUACUUGGCAGAUUUCAUACGAUCAUGUUCAGCGACAGAACAAGGCCUCGGCCAAGUUACUUCAGCUGUGGGCGUAUUUGGAUAGCCAAGACGUUUGGCUCGAACUCCUUCAGCACACUGAGCAAGAUGAUCCAGAAUGGAUACGUGAGAUUACUGAAGACGAACUGAGUUUCAAUGCCGUCGUUCGAGUGCUAUGCGACCACGGGCUUGUGGAGGUGGAUCAGUCACCAGUUGAGCAAGUCGAGUCAAGAGGGUACAGCAUGCAUGGAUGUGUGCACGCGUGGACGAUGCACGUCCUAAACCAAAAGUGGGACGGUGGACUCGCGAGACUGGCUUUGAAGUUUGUGGGAUCGCAUGCUCCUAAACGUGAUAAAGAAAAGUGGUGGGCAACGCAGAGGCGGCUUCUCCAGCAUGCAAACAGAUGUUCGAGCAUGAUACUCAAAGGUUCGGUUGCUAAGGAGGGCAUGGAAGGGAAAAUACACAUGUUAGGAUAUCUCUACGCGGACCAGGACAAGCUGGAGGAGGCCGAGAAGAUGUAUGAGCGGGCGCUGGUCGGAUACGAGAAGGCAUCGGGACCUGACCAUACAUCAACGCUCAACACGAUGAACAAUCUGGGCCUUCUUUACGCGGACCAGGGCAAGCUGGAUGGGGCCGAGAAGAUGUAUAAGCGGGCGCUGGUCGGAUACGAGGAGGGCAUGGGGACCAGACCAUACAUCAACACUCACCACGGUCAACAACUUAGGCCAACUCUAUAA